CUGUUAGCUGACCAGGAGCUCCGAUAAGAUAUGCAUGGCUUUGUGCCAAGCCCACAGAGAGGAAACGUAUAAAAGGCCAGAAGUUCUCCACAAGUCUUCAUUCGUGCAGAGGACGCAGAGUGACGCAGCUCUGACAACUUCCGUGCAAUUCUACAGAAUCCACCACCAACCAAGAACAUCGGUGAACAUCUUAAAGUCGACUUUACCUUGCUUCAAAGGACAACAUGCUGAAGACGACAGUGUGGUUCGUCGCCGUGCUCUUUGCCUGCGUUUGGCACGGAAGCAGCGCGUGGCUUUUCUCAAGCUCAAGUUCAAGUUCGGGUUCAAGCUCGGGCUCGAGACCCAGAUCAGGUUGGCCGAGCUUCUCCCAGCUGGAGAGCAACUACCCUGCUUACCCAGGCGUCUUCUUCGGGGGAAGGAGUUGGGAUGAGCUGGUGGACGAUGAGGGUCUGCCCGCCUGGCUGAAGGACGUGACGGACAAGAACACCUGCGCCAUGAGGGUCAGUCGGGCGCUCACUCACUCAGGAAGGCAGAUUGUACCGGGGUCCUGUAACUGGUCCGGCGUGAGAGACAGAGAGCGCCGGCCUUACAUCAUCCGUGUGGGCACCAUGCGCUGUUACCUGGAGAACCAGUACGGUCCUGCUGACGUCACCGGAAGUAGUGAGAGCAGCUUCCGGGGGAAACAGGGCAUCAUCGUGUUCCAGAACUGCGGCUUCCAGGCAGCGACCGGCCACGUGGACCUGUGGGACGGCUCCGACUGUGCCGGGAACUGCUACUUCAGCGCCUGCAGCAACAUCAGACUCUUCGAGUUCUAGGACAAAUCGGUCGCCAUUAAAAAAACGCCAUUAAUCCACA